UUUUUUUUUUGUCAAUGUCAAGUCUUUUGCAAGCAUCACAACAACAGAAUUCAAGGACAAACACUUUUUGGAUAUAUAUCACAGUAGGUCUUACGUUAGUGGCCAGUACAGCUUUUGCCACUUAUCAUCUUAUUGAACAAGAUCGUCGAGUCAAACGAAGGAAACAAACGAAACAAGCAGAAAGGCAAGUACUAAGACUUAUUCACCAAAUUCAACUGGAUAGACAAACGAUACAUAACGAUAUUGAAGGAUUGACCCGUGUCUUAUUACAAACAGCACAGCAUACCACGUCAAUAGAUACAACAACUGAUGAUAAGGAAUGGAAAAGGCGCGAUUUUAUUUUAGCAGAAUGUAAUGAGUUACUACUACGGUUACUGGAACGUUUGGACGCGAUACGACCCAAGUCUGCUAUUUUAGGUGAAGAUAUAGAAGGUCAAGGACAACAAGAACCAAGUGCGUUAGAACAAGCAGCUAUUUUAGAUAUUAGAAAUAGAAAGAAAAAAGUGAUUCGACAGAUUGAACGCAACUUUAGACAAUUAGAUCAGUGUAAAGAUUUGAUGAAUGGAAUGGGUGUUGAUCAAUAAAUUUUUUUUUUAUUAUUUUGUCUAC